CCUUCUCAGCCGAGCGCCGCCGGGACCGGGUGUCCCGGGCACGCCAAGAUGCGGGCGCGGCUGUGGCUCCUCCUCGCCGCGCAGCUGGCAGCUCUGCACGGCAGCUUGGCCCUCGUGCAGACCCCUGCAUCGUUGAUGGUUCAGACCAACCAGACGGUGAUGCUGUCCUGUAAAAUCAACACCUCACCUUCUAACACACGCAUCUACUGGCUGCGGCUGCGCCAGGCCCUGAGCGCUAGCAGUCACUAUGAGUUCCUGGCCUACUGGGAGUCCACCAGAAAGACUGUGCAUGGCAAGGAGGUGGACAAGGAGAAGCUGACUGUGCUUGGAAAUUCUCCCCAGAACGUGCUCAAGCUCCAAAGUGUGAAGCCUGCCGACAGUGGUGUCUACUUCUGCAUGAUCAUUGGGAUGCCCAACCUGAUCUUUGGGACGGGAACUCAGCUGAGUGUGGUUGAUGUACUUCCUACCUCUCCCCAGCCAACUCAGAAGACCAGCCCUAAAAAGAAAGUGUGCCGAUCCCCAAAGCCGGUGACUCGGGAACGUCUGUCUUGUGCCCCACUCAUCACCGGUCUCCUGGUGGCCGGUGUCCUGAUUCUUCUGGUGUCCUUGGGUGUGGCCAUCCACCUGCGCUGCCUGCAGAUGAGAGCCCGGCUUCGUCUCUUAAAACAGUUUUACAAGUGACCAGAGAAUAUGUUUUCUGGUGUCCCGCUACAAAAACAUUGGUUAGUGAUGAGCGAGAUCCAGAAAAAUGAGAGAGAAUGGACACACUCAGCCAUGGAACUGUCACUGAAACCGCAGAAGCUGCCUGUUUUUAACUACAGCAAGUUCUUUCUAUGGGCCUCCUGCAUGGAAUCUACUUGUUCAUGAUCACUGGCAAUCUUAGAAAGAAGGCUUCAGAACCCCACGGCACUUCCUGCUACUUGCAAGGCACUCUGGAGGACUGAGUACAGAAUGGUGCCCAGUGCACCACUUCUGGCUCCUGUAACUCAGCCCGGGUUGGGCUGGGAACUUUGUGUUGACUGUCCAGCCACCACAUUUCUUUGCCCAGGUAGGGCAAUGACACUGAGACCCGAAUCUCUCAUGGGAUGGUGAUAGGAUGCGUCCCCUUGGUCUUCCCGGGCUAACCCUUUCCACAGGGUGGCCCUUGAGGGCAGACCCAGAUUGGAAAUGAGGCUUCCAAGGGGCUGAUCUGGCUCUCAGGGUCACUUCAGUUUCUGAGGACCUCCUUUGGGCAGGAACUUGUAGUCUGGGAGACGAGGCCCCUUGAUCUCCCACUAGGAAGUUCCGCUUUCACUUCUGCCCUCCCAUGGUUUAUAUAUUUCUUUUCUUGCUCGCUGUUCCUUUUAUGAUAAUAUUUUGGUUGAACAAUAAAGUCUUGAGUAAAAAA